AUGAACUUAGUUCUGGAGAGAAUAUCCCAGUCUCUUUUGAUGGAAAUAAGCAAGAAGAAGUUGCUGGAUUUUAUGAAGAAAAAGGGGAGGAAGGAGAGGAAGGGGGAGGUGAUUGUGAUGAUGUUGAUGAAAUUGUUGAGGAUGAGGAGCAAGAAAUUUUUGAUGAGGAAGGAGGGGAAAUUGGUGAUGAUGAAUUUGAAGUUGGAGAUGAGGAAGGAGUAGAAGAUGAGGAAGUUGAUGUUGAAGAAGUUGGGGAGGAUAAUAUGGGACAUAAUUUCGAAAUUGAGGGACCUCCUCGUAAACAACGAAAAAUGUUUGAAGAGGAACAGCCUGAGGAACAACAA